AUGAGCGAAGCUGCGGUUAUCGGCGAAGAUCGUCUUUACAUAAAUUACGAUGAUCAGUGUUUGCUUGAGGGUGAAGGAGAAGGUGCUGAAAGGAAGUAUAAAUUAUAUCUAAAUAAUCCCAUGCGAAAUAUUACGGUUGAACUAGAGUUUUUUGCAAGAACAACGCCUGUUCUCCAUGGGGAAAACGGCAUUGUAAAUGACAUGUUUUAUUACUAUUAUCCAUCAAUGAAUGUGGAGGGAAAGAUUACUUUUGCUGAUUCCAUCACCCAUGUAAAAGGGGAUGGGUGGUACGAUCGGGAGUACGGAGGCUUAGAAAACGAAAUAGGAAGAGAUGCUCUUGAUGCCUGGACUUGGCUUUCUUUGCGUAUUUCAGAUGGUUCACAAUUGAGUUUGUUUGAUAUUUUUGACUCAGAAACGGGGAAACGAAAAGAACUACUUGGUGUCCUUACUUUUGAUGGAACAAAGGAAGUUUGCCAUGAUAUUAUACUUGAAGAAGAAAAUUGGUGGACAAGCUUAGUAACUUUUAUUGAAUAUCCUUUAAAAUUUCAUAUCGAGGUUCCAGCUUUUCAACUAUCCCUUGAUGUACAUACUUCAUUUAAUCAUCAAGAGGUUCCAACAAUUCUAGUAUCCGGUGGCUUUUACGAAGGACGUGUGACCGGUGGGGGGUGUCACAAGGGAGCACCAGUAAGUGUAAUUGGUUUCUAUGAGCGGAAAAACUUGAGUACUGGCGGUGACCCUUCGGUUACGCUAAAACAUGUGGGAAAAUAUGUAAGGAAAACGUUGUCCAAUUUUUAUCCUUUAACCGCCUCGAAUGAAUGGGUUGAAAAAAAUGUGCUUGGACGUUAUUGCACUGGUAAAGGUGUUGUUGCCCAGCAUGUUUGUGAUACCUUAUUUCUUCCAGUUCGUUCUAUUAUUGAUCGAGGUGGAAAAGCUUGGCGCAGUUUGGUGCUUGUUUCAGCCUGUAAUGCACUUUCACGUGAUUACUUUGAUUGCACAAAGUAUAUUGCGAUUACAGAGCUUUUACACGUGGGUUCGCUUAUUAUUGAUGAUAUUCAGGAUGACUCGUGUGUGAGACGUGGGGGACAGACCGCCCACCUGGAGUACGGCGUUCCAACAGCCAUUAAUGCUGGAACAGCCUGCUAUUUUAUGGGUGUUUCUUUCGCAGAGAUUCGAUCGCUUCCGAUGGAAAAGGCUAACCGAGUUUACGAAUUAUAUUUUGAUGUCAUGAAAGCAGGCCACGCGGGUCAGGGACUGGACAUUUACGGUCUACACUAUUUAAUGCCUGAGGCUGUUCGUACUGGUAAGUCGGAAGCGAUUGAGGAUGCUCUUAAAGCUAUCCACACAUACAAAACUGGGGCUGUCGCGGCUGCCACAUGCCGCGUUGCCUGUAUUUUAUGUGAUGCAACUGAGGAGGUCACCUCGGCGAUGGAAGCAUUUGGGUUGGGACUAGGUUUGGCAUUUCAAAUUGUUGACGAUGCACUUAAUGCCAAGGGAUUUGAAGGAGAUCUGAAGGAAGCAGGAGAGGAUAUUCGUGAUGGGAAGAUUACGUAUCCGGUGGCAAAAGCAAUGGGGAGGCUGGAACUUCCCCAACGAGAACGUAUUUGGAACAUAUUACAGGAACGUACAUCGGACGGAGAAAAAAUUACUGAGGUUAUAAAAUUGCUUCAUUCGGUAAAUGCCAUUGAAGAUUGUCUUUCAGAUGCCCAAAAGCUCGUCGAUGAAAAAUGGAGUCUUCUUGAUCCGCUUAUUCCGGAUUCCAUGCCAAAGGUGAUGAUGCGAACUUUCUGUUUGUUUCUCACAAGGCGGAGUUUUUAG